AUGAGGCCGUGCGUGGGACGCGUGCCCUGCUGCCAAGACCCCGCAGCGCGGAACACAUCGCCCGAAGAGGCACGCCUUGUGUCGGUGAACGGGCCAAUGGGGAGGUGCGUGGAGGACGUGGCUCUUCUGCUGGACGCAAUGGCCAAGCCCCACCCCAAGGACCCAUGGUCGAGGGAACCUCCUAGACAGUCCUUCCUCGAAGCUCUGCAGAAGGAGCCCCUUCAGCUUCCUUCAAGCAUCGCCUGGAGCCCCGACCUGGGAGUGUGCCCCGUGCAGCCCGGAGUUGCCGAGAUCUGCAAGCGCGCCGCCGAUUGGUUCCGCGAGUCGCUGGGCUGCCAAGUCGUGGAAGAUUGCCCCGACUUCUCGCAGGCCCAGCGCGCAUUCCAGGUCCUGAGGGCUGCCAUGUUUCGGAGCCUUGGGUUCAUGUUGAAAGGCCCCAGCAAGGACGUCAUAAAACCCGACCUCGUGUGGCAGAUACAGAAAGGCGUGGACCUGUCUGAUGAGGAGGUUUCGGAAGCUGAGCUGCAACACAGCUCGAUCAUGGAGAGCGUGACUUCAUUCUUCCAGGAGUACGACCUCUUGGCUUGCCCGUGCGCUCUGCUGCCCCCGUUUGAUGUGCGGACGAGAUGGGUGCGGCAAGUCGAGGGCGCCGCAUUCGAUAACUACAUCGACUGGCUCAUGCCCACCUACAUCAUAUCCUUGACAAAGCUGCCAGCCCUGAGCCUGCCAUGCGGAAUGACCAAGGAAGGCACCCCUGUGGGCAUCCAACUGGUCGGGCCGCCCAACGGGGAAGCGGGCGUCCUCGCCGCGGCCCUGGCAUACGAAAGGGCGCACCCUUUCGCAGGAAUGCUGCCAAUAGACCCAAUUUAA